AUGGCGCGCGAUAAUCCCUGGAAAUUAACAACGAUAAGCGAGCUGUUUGGUUUGUGCGCGCUUCGUAAUUAUUCAUAAGCUGCAUGCAAUUUUCCCCACACUUUGCAUACGAGUCUGCACUUGGCUGUCAUUUUAUCGUUGUGUAAACUGUGGAAAAACUCAUAGCAAGUUUGUUACAUUUCAUUUGAAACGUAUCAUUCCUUCUUGUUCAGCCGUAUUGUGUUGCAAACGUGUGUCAAAUCCUGCUGUUUUCUCAAACUCGAUUUAUUUCCUCGCUUAUUAAUAUUGGAUUACUGUAGAAUGACAAAUUGUGUGUAACAAAAUCAUGUAGUAUUGUAGUGUGGCCGGCUUGAAUGUUUGCCUAGUUGUACACGAGCAAGAACUUGGAAAAGGUUAUCAUGGAUUGGGUAAGUUUCAGUUGUAACUUUGUAUUUUUACUGUACUUGGGGAAGAAAUCAUUUAGCCAUCCCUGCAAGUUGCGUUGGGGUCCUUGCUCUUAUUGCUUUCUUAAAUAAUCUAAUACAUUUCAUCUUCUAACGAUCAUAUCGACUAAUUAGGAACGUUUCAAUCUAAGACCCCGUUUACACGAUACCGGACGAAUUUGGGACCGGGCUGAAAUUCGGCAUCAUUUUUCGCCCUGUUUACACGCGAAUUCGUCCUGUUAUUGGGGGUCUCGAAUUCGUCCGGUUCCGUGGUUCUCGUGUAAACGGAAGGCCGAAACGGACGAAUUUUAGCCCGGUUCCAAAUUCGUCCGGUGCCAUGUAAACGAGGUCUAAGGUUCGCGAGUUGAAGACUCUGGACAGGAUGAACUUGGAAGACAAUUAAGCACAUCAUGUAUCGUAAGCCCCGGUCAAAUAAGGAUGAGAGUUGGCAGUCCUACAUUGUUACAGGGGACAUUUCAAGCUCUAGAUAAACAAAAUAAAGCCGCCUAAAGGGAAUUGAUGAGCGUUUCAAGUUAAAAUUACGUUUUAACUUAAAACGGAAUGCAUGAUAGUGAUAGGAAAGCAUUAAGAACAGUUUACCAAAGUCACGUGACUUGCCAACAUUCAUGCGUUCUGAUCUUUGUUUCAUCUGGGCUCAACCGUAUGAAUCUCGUUGCUUGUAUACAAAAAUGAAACCGUUAUAUGAAACGAGCAUAGUUCCAAAUGUGAACGUCGAGUAUGAAAUUUGCAUGGAUGUUUUACAUAAUUGUUUGUGACAUUUCUUAUAUGAGUAUAUGUGCUAUAAUUAUGUGUUAUAUUGAUCUGAAAAGCUCGUAAGGAUUAGAAGUCGUUCACAUUUUGGGCUUGACAUUUAUUUCUUUUAAACCUAUGUUGAAUUAAAAAUGGACAUAUUUCAUCUUUACAUUUAAGGCGCUGUUCUGCAACCUGCGACUCAAUUUAUUUGCACGUAAAAUUACAAAGUGUAGCAUGUCGGCAAACGUCGAGUCUCGCACAAUUAAUUAGGUUUUUUUGCAUGAAACGCUGCAGGUUAAUAAAGUUCUAUACUUUGUGCAACACACUUUGCAACCGGCUGUGUCUCACUUACAUGCAUGACAUGUAACAAUAUGCUUCUAGAAAUUUCUGACGAAUUGAAAAAGUCCUCCCAAAAACUAUAAUAUUCCCUUUGAGUUAAUAAGUUUGGCUGUUUUCUAUCCAUACAUUUGCAUACAUAUAACCAUAAAUAAAUAAAAUUUGGCGUAUUUAUUGUAUAAGUUUGUAAAAGCAACAUUGAAUGUCAAGUUUAACUUUGAACACGAUGUGAUGGAUGAUCCAGCUGUUUUUGGCUUAGCUUAAUAAAUUAUAACAUACAAGUUGCGUCUCUUUUUUUGCAUAAUUUUCCCCUUUCGCGUUUUUUAGUCUUUCAAUAUUGUAUACAUACAUGCAUGAACAAAAAUUUCAAAAAGACUUGCAAGCUUUAUUAAAUAAAUACCAGUACUUUCUAUAUAUGCAUAUAUAACCUGCAGACGGUUCAAGACUAAAAUAGAUUUGCUGCAUGUAAAAUUAAACAGGGGGCGGGAAUAUUUUAAUGAAUAUUGCUUGGCACUAGCUGCGAGCUGCCAAAAGUGUCUACAACAGAAUUUUCUUUUCAAAACAGUUUAAGAAUAAUAUUAAUUAAUAUACUUGUUUUUUUUAAUCAUAUUUCAACUUCUGUUGUGUAUGUGUUCAUGUAGUUCUAUCGUUCGAUGUUUUUCAUUUUUUGUACACAUUUUCGACAAAAGACAUCCAUUAUACGAUAUUGAAUGUUAAUGAAUAUAAUCACCAUUGAAAAAAACGGGUAGCAAUUGCUUUCCCUCUAUAGGAGGUCUUACAAUACCGCUUUCGCCGGCUUCUGCAAGAUACUCCUUUGCCACGUUAUGGUUUUUCUUUCAAAAAACACAACAAAAUUUUAUUUCUAUAGUCUAUUGUGGUAAAAUUUAAUAAUCACGUCUCGAAAUUUGUCUCAUCCGCCCGCACAUUGGUUUUAUUCAGUUGUAAAUGAUUUCAAUUAAACUGUCCGCAUAGCGGGGCACCCAUCUUUGCUGAAUAAAAAUGUGUGAUGUCUACCGAAAAGCUAUGAAUAGUAAUUUUAAAAGCUAAAUAUGUGUACAUGCACAUUUUGUCAUGAACCUUAAUCAAGCUUUGUUCCUUUGUAGGAGGAGGUUGUGUGACAAGGCUUUUGGAGUAAGUUGUUCUAGGUAUGUAUGCCAUACUAGUAUAACGAUUGACAGUGUUUCCUAUAACAACAUUCACGAGUUUGGCGAAACGUCUAACGACCUUAAAAAUAUAAGACUGAAAACGCGCGUCGACGUGUGGAGCGGUACGUCACUCAAUUCGGACUCUACACUGACUACAAGGCACUAUUUUAUUUAUUUGUAAUUAAAAAGUUUUAUAUCCUGUUGUUCAAUUUAAGUCAAAGUUUAAAAACUUCUUGAAAAUUGAAUUGUAUAUACAUUAAACAUUCUUUUGUCGCAUUGAAAACACUCGAAAAAAUAAACUAUUCAUUUAGUUUUCUGAAAAGGUAAACUUAUAUUGAUGCCAAUGCUGUAAAACGUCUGUACACCAGAGCGCAUUGCAGCUUAAUAGGUUAAAAAUAAAAGUUUAUAUACGACUUUUAUUUGUGUUAAAAUUAGUUCGUUUUUUGUAUUGUCUCAAUGGAUUUAUCUAUCAAAAGUCAAGAGCAUAAGAGCCACAUAUUUUUUAAUAUCAUUCGAUGUUUAUCUUGUCUAUAUUAAUUUCCAGAACUCUCCCUUGUAUGUUAGAGAAUUUGUUUUGACUAAUGUAAAAAUGGAAGCUUGAUAAUUGAAUCUAAAAGGACGUGACUAAUCAUAGAAUGAUCAUUUUUAUCUUCUGAAAUGUGCUUGAAAUAUUUCAAUCUACGUGCAUUUUUUGUUGUGUAAGCUGUUUUGUCUGUAGCCAUAGGCGUACCGGGCGGGGGGGGGGGCGGUAGCCCCCCCAGUUUUUUGGGCAGUCGGGCAAUAUUCGAUCAACAGUCGGGCAAUUUUGGUUUGCAAUAAAAAAAAAUGGGACAAAUUUUGUCAAUUUUGUCUAAAAUUAAGUCAAUUUUUUGGCAAAUUUUGUGAUUUUUCGAAAAUUUGUGUUAUGUUCCGAAAAAUAUUGGUUGUCCGGAAAAAUUUUUUGACCCCUAAAAUGGUUUGACCGCCAAAAUAAUUUUUCCGGAAAAUAAUUUUUUGGUACCAGUCGGGCAGAAUCCCGAAAAGUCGGGCAAUUUUCUUUCCGCCCCCCUAAUUUUUUCCUUCCGGUACGCCCAUGGUUUGUCUUUGUUUUUUGUCACUUUGUGGGCUUUGGAUCUUCAUUCCUGCGCUUUAUCAGCUUGUACAAACAAGACAAAUAAGUUAUAACGGUUCUUUUUCUCAUUGCAGUGUACACAGUUUAAGCGUAAAAGGGAAAUUAGUGUAUAAGGUAAGCCAAAAUGUAUAGAAAGAUUAUUGAAUGUUUUUAUAUUUCAUAAGUGCAUGAGCAUUUAUUUUAAACUACGAGAGGGUGAUAAACAACAACAACAGCGGUAACAAAUACAACAACAGCAACAGUAGCAACUGCAGUAGCAUCGACAUGCAACAACAAUAACAACGUCGACAACAGUAACAAAUACAAGAACAGUAGUAGCAUCAACAUGCAACAACAAUAACGACGACAACAGUAAUAAAUACAACAACAAUAGUGGCAUCAACAUGCAACAACAAUAACAACGUCGACAACAGUAACAAAUACAAGAACAGUAGUAGCAUCAACAUGCAACAACAACAACAACAACGACAACGACAACAACGACAACAACAGUAAUAUAUACAACAACAACAGUGGCAUCAACAUGCAACAACAGCGGUAACAAAUGCAACAACAGCAGCAGCAACUACAGUAGCAUCAACAUGCAAUGACAACAUCCCCAUCAAAUGCAUCAUCAUCACCAUCUGAUCAUCAAUUAAGGAUUUUAUAUAUGUUUUUCAUGUAAUAUAUCAUAAACGAGAAGCCGUUUAUUACCUGAUUUGAAAACACCGAGAAGUGUGUUGGAAAACGAGGCGAUAGCUGAGUUUUUUAACCAACUUCGAGGUGCUUUCAAAUCAGGUAAUAAACGGCUUCUCGUUUAUGAUGUAUUACUUCUCAAACGAAUCAGUAUUUUAAGAGAAAUUUGAGGCGAAAGUUGGCUUAAUUUAUGGACGUUUAUUACCAGUUUUCCAAACAAGGGGCAAUUAUUUUUAAUAAACUACCUAGUGAGUUGAAGACAGAACAAUCACUUUUAAGAUUUAAGUCUGGUUGCAAAGAGUUUAACUUUGACUUUUAAAACUGUACAUAAAUUAUCUUUCACAUUUUAUAUAUUUUAUACUAUAUUUAGGUAACUACCAUAGCUUAGUGUAGUAAUAAUAUUAGUCUAGUGGACAGACAUUGACAGGUCCUUGGUUGAUACCAGCAAUAUAUGUUGCUGAAACAAGUUUUAACCUGUAUAAAUAUGAUAUUAUUAUUAUUAUUAUUAAACAACGUUUCGAUUAUGAUUUUCUUUGUGUUUUCCUCGUGAACUAUUAAUGAGUUUGAGAAAUAUAUUUCAAACUUCAAUAUUUAACUAGUGCCCAGUACUUCUGUGACGCGCCAUCCUUUAAAAGCAAAGAUCUAUAACGAUCGCACUAAGUUGACACAUCCGGACAUCUUUUAUUUUAAAAGCUUCUACUUUGAACAGAUGUUAUCCCAACUUCCGUAUAAAUAACACUUAAAUUGAGCCAAACACAUAUUAAAAACUGUUCAAACAGAUGCCAAGAUUAAUAAGUUGUUGACUUAAAAUUUAUCUUAUAUAUGAUUUAUUCAAAGUUAAAUGUCUACGUUGAGCGGAAUACGUAUAUUAAAAAGGCAAACAGACAAGAUUUAUCGGUCCCAGAUUGAAAUUUGAUAUAACAACACGAGCCAAAGACGAGUGGUUGUGUAUCUUAGACAGUAAUCCUGUAUAUAGCUUGUUGUAUGUCGUAUUCUUCAGUAAUCUCAAGGAAAUGAAUGAUAUUUGGUGAGAAAAAUGAACUUAAAGUUGACGUUAAAACAGCAGGAUUUUGUAUCAGAUAUACAAGAUCCUUCGAGGGACAGGAUUAGCAAUCUAUCCGUCCAAAAAUGUUGGACCAGGCAUGCCCCAAAAAAAAACAAAAACUCUUCUAUCUUUUAUCUUCGAAAACGUGAUUUCGCAUCAGUGAGAAGAAACCUGCGGCAUGCAUUGUACUGAAAAUUGAACGCAGCUAACAGCAUGAUUGAAGCUUCACGAACAUAAUCAUAACAAUGCGUGCACAAAAUAUUUCGCAAAUACAUACAGGGAUUUGGAACUUGUUUCCUUGUGGUUGUGUGUGUUCGGAUGUGCAGUGACUGUUGAAUGUGAUGCUAUAGCGAAAUUUAAGCUUGUAUAUACGGUUGUAUUAAUUACUAAAGACAAAAUACUGGAGUUUUAACAUUCUUUUGCCCGUCCACUUUCAAAAAUACACGUCCAAUAAUAAUAAUAUUUAAUAUUUCUAUUGCGCGAUUUUACAUGUGUAUAUGAUCAAGUGCGCAUCACAAUUACAGCCGGAACUGGCGUGAAGCAGACCGAGGUAGACUGUGAGCUUACAAAUGGCGCUUUAAGCAGCCGCUAUUAGUCCAGACCUCAUUAAUGAUCUGCCCCCCUAACCUAUGUGCCCUAACCCACCCUGUCAACUUUCCCUGUGGGAGAAAACCAGAGUACCCGGAGAAAACCCACGACUUUCGGCAGAGCGUUGACUGACUCUUUUCACAUGAGGACUGGGUUCGAGUCACAUUGAGAAAUUCUCAUUGGGAUUUGAACCUGCGACCUUAGAGGCGAAAGGCAAGUGCGCUAACCACUUCGCCACCGAAGCCGAGUGGAAGGGCAUCUGGCUUCUUUCAUGGUCAUGAUUUCUUCUGUAACUUUCUCAUGAAUUAUUAAUGAAUGACAAUUAUAAGUCCCAGACAUAUAAAAUUGAUUUUAUUGAUGAUUUAUUCAAGGCCCAUAAUCUCUCCAGGAAAUCUGAUUCGGCAAAAUUAUAUUUGAAUAAAUUUCUCGUCAAAUGCAGCUGGACAGCCCAGAGCGUUUGACAGGCAAAAUGGCUUCUAUCUUAAAACAAUCAUUAUGACAAUUAUAAGUCCCAGACAUAUAAAAUUGAUUUUAUUGAUGAUUUAUUCAAGGCCCAUAAUCUCUCCAGGAAAUCUGAUUCGGCAAAAUUAUAUUUGAAUAAAUUUCUCGUCAAAUGCAGCUGGACAGCCCAGAGCGUUUGACAGGCAAAAUGGCUUCUAUCUUAAAACACUGCAUCAUUUUUGUUUUGUUUCCAAAAUGCCGCGUCAAGGUUUGUUGUAUUUUCUCAUAUGUAUGUAAAUUAAAUCGUAUGGGAUUAAAAAAGGGUUUAGCAUUAUUUUUUAAUUAAAUUGUAAUGGGUAUAAUACUGAUAGAAUAGUAAAUCCCUUCUUGUAUGUAACUGCAAGAAAAUAUACACUGCACAAUUUCUGUUGCUCUUUGGCAAGAAAAUAUGGUGAGUUGCGCCCUGAAAAUAGAUAUCGAUUUCGGCUGUAGCAAAAAUAAUAUCAUCCUAAAAGCAUUGUGCUUUUAUCAAGGACAGGUUAUGCGAGUGUAUAUAUAUAGUUUAAAUAUCUGAUCGAGGUAUGAAAUCCAUUUGAUAUGCAAACUAUACAGGCAUGUUGUGCAACUAUAAUUUAAAUUGUUUAUUGAGUAUUUUCUAUCCUGUAUCCAAAGAAAAUGGACUAUGCAUUCAUGCAACUUAUCUUAUAUCAAUAAAAUUGUCGUAAGUACUUACGGACCGUAAAAUGUCUGAAAUUUUGUUACUUUAUUAAAAAAUACAUAAUAUAUAUUUUCUAUAUGAUCCUACUUGGGGGAUAUUGUGUAGAGAUUUCUGGUUAAGAUGCAAAUCUAUAAAUCAUUGAAGAUUUUUUCGUUUUUCGUUGUAUAAUAUCGAAAACGCCCAUUCGAAUCAAUUCUUCAAAGUUUGCUUGUAAUACAUGUGUUUUUCAAUAUAUAUUCCCUAAUUAUUGUACAAAAUAUACAUAAACGAGAUAAUGGGAGGACUUAUCUUCUUGUCUGUCUUGAUUUAAAUAUUAUUUUUGCUACUUUGAGUUAAAAUUAAGUGGGGCAGAUGUGCGUGAAAUGAAAUGUAAAAAAUGAGAUGAACCUUUCGUCGUUGUAGACAAAUUAAACUUAUUUCCUAUAAUAUUUCCUCAUAAUUCCUCCGGUAAAUAGGUUAAAUAUAGCUAACACAACAGGCCAACUAGGUUUCCUGAUAAGUUUUAUGUUUUAUUGUUCUGUUUUUAGCAAAAACACCACAUUUAUAUUAAUUUAGCAAAGGUAUCGUUCCGUCGGAUCAGUACUAUAUAAUAAUAAUAAUCGAAGAGCUGUCUAUGCUACACAAUAAUCGAUACACAGACGUUUGUGUCAAAGCCGAGUGCCAUUUACUGCUCCCAAAUGUCUUCUUUGCCGUUCAAUUAUUGUAAUUAAAGUGGAGAUAAGUUUUGAUAAAUGCAAUUCUGUUGUUGUCCAAUAAUUAAUAUGUUUGCUUGGCAAUUUAGCGCGAGUCAGCUGCGUAUUGUUGGGGAUUGUUCAGCUGAGUUUUCCAAUCUAUCCCCUUGAAUCCUCCUUCAUUGUUUCUUCUUUUCAUGUCAAAUCGAUGUAAUUAUGGAGUGUACGACACGUUUAAGACGGGACAGAUUCGGAAUGGUAAAGACUAAGUCUAAAGUAUAAGCUGUGCUCGAAUUCGUGAAUGCGAAAGGCAAAAUUGUGUAAAUAUUGAAGGCGAAACCUUAGGACUAUAUUAUAUGUACAUACUGAUAAAAAUCCAGGCUUUUACGGAUCGAAGGCUUGAAUAAACGCUGUGCUUUUUCCGUGCAAAACAAUUGAAAGCAACGAUAUGUAUAUAUUAUAAAUGAUUGUCAAAGAGAAAAUUUUUUUAUAUCUCUUCACGAUAGCUUCACGCGGAGUUGAAUAAAUUACGAUAUCUCAAGAUUAAUGACUGAAAAUAUGUUUUAACUCAUUUCGUUCCAGGGUAUAUGUUUAAAUAUAUGAUCAGAAAUCGCUAGGAUGUCAAUGUGUUUUGCUCAAUUUAUCGUAUCGAUGUUUCUGGAUACAAGUAACGCCUUUAAAAUGCAUUCAUAACCUUGAUAUUUUGUCUGUCAUCCCACUGAUAACGCGUGAAUCUUGUUUUUGCAAACAAAUAAUUUAUUUCUGUUUCCUUGUUUUUGGGAAAUAAGUUGAUAAGACAAGUUAAUAUUAACCAUAUAAGUUUGGCAAAGAUUGCUGUACAUUUUCUGAAGGUAUUUUGGAAGAAUAUUCCCUAAAUUUGUGAUUAUGUCUUUGUAAAAAUACGACGCGAAUCAUGAGUUGUGUUUUCUCUUUUGUCAAUUGUGCUGCAGGUGGGAUCUACAGAAACUCACGCCGUGACAUGACAAAGUAUUUAACUGUAUGGGCCAACGAGAAGUCAAAUUCUUAUCUUGUCUGCCAAUAUUUUCUCCCUGUAGGUCUUGGGCAUAAAUAGAUCUCGACAAGUUUAA